CAUAACCAAUAAGUACUUAACAAACUCAAAUUGUGACAUUCUUAAUAAUAGUGUAAUAAAACAGUAGACAAAUUAACAGUGGUGAAUAUUAACUGCGUGUUAAACUAUUAGUACAGCCUCUCUGUACGCAGAGGUGAAGUUAGUUAGCUGUAGUUAGCCGACCUGUCAGCCGGUGUGAAGCCGCAGCAUGUCGGUGCACUUUGACGAGAGGAGCGGUGUUGUACCUAGUCAAACACCGUGGGGGUCCUGGUACCAAACCAUGGAGGAGGUCUUCAUCGAAGUCAACGUGCCUCAUGGAACAUCUGCUAAAGAGGUCAAGUGUCAUUUGGGGUCUAGAGACAUAGAACUGCUCGUCAAAGGCAAAGAAAUAAUCAAGGGAAAGCUCUUUGAAACAACCGUGUCUGACGAGGCUACGUGGACACUGGAGGACAAGAGUCUCAUCCAGAUUGUCCUGAUGAAGACAAACAGAGAAGCGGGGAACUGCUGGUCUUCUUUGUUGGAGGGGGAGUACUGUGCCAGUGCCUGGGUCCAGGACCAGAUGCAGAGGAAGCUCACACUUGAGAGGUUCCAGCGAGAGAAUCCUGGAUUUGACUUCAGUGGUGCAGAGAUCUCGGGGAACUUUGCUGGUGGUGGUCCGGACUUUUCCAGUUUACAGAAGUGACUGAGGCUAAAAGCCUAAUAUGUGCCCAAUGAACACUACUGAGGACAUGCAUGGAAUACAGAUGAGCAAGCCAACAACAUUUGCCUUCACAAGAAUUUUUAUAUUGGGAGGCCUACAAGACUUUAUUGUACGACUAAGUGACAUUUUUCACAGCAGCUGUUAAACGUCUUUUCUUGGCUGUGGAAGACUGAUUUUGUUAACCCUGGUUUGGCAGGUUCAAAGCCCAGUAACAGAUGACAGGAAAUGUUCAGUCUGGAUGUAAGAUGCCUUUGAGAUGUGUUGUGUUUUUAUAAAGGAGAGUGUGUUGGAGUAAGUGGCAUCUAGUGGAGCAGCCUUGGCAAAAUUAUGUUUUAAUAAGUAAAUAAUCACCUGUAAAGAAUCUUUGUAUUUUUGUUAACUUAGAAUGAGUCCUUCAUAUUGUCAUAGGGAGCAGACCCUCUUCCAUGAAGCUGGCCAUGUUUUUACAGUAGCCCAGAAUGGACAAACACACUGGGUCUCGUGGCCACCAUAGGUUCUCUUACAAUGUUUGUAAGAGGAGGUGGCAGAGUAUUCAGCUGGUUGCAGCCCCAUCACCAGAAGCCGCUAAAGCAUACACACUGAUCCUUUAAUAAUGAGAAGCAUGAACACAUCAAUAGCUUUUCAAUAAAGUUUUAUUGAAAGGUACCAGUAAAUAGGUUAACUAGAUGGUGUAUUCAAUUAGCCAUUUUAAACUUGAACACUUUUGUUACUAAGAGAAACUCCUUAUACUAGACAGGGAAGCCGGCAAAGAAAAUGCAAUACAAAUUCCAAACCACAUUUCUACUGCAACAACCAUUUUUUUGUGUUCUUUGCAUAACUGACAAUCAAUACAUGUAGUGCUUCACUCUGUGUCCACAAUUUAACAUUUUAAUCAGUGAAAACUACUCAUCUGUAACCUCUCAUAAGGUAUCAGCUCAAAGGGCAUGUUAGCCAUACAUGACGGGAUCGUCACUAGCUCCACUCCACAGUAGAAAACUAGAGCUCCUUCGUCAUAUUAAAAUAAAAAAACAAAAUCAUCACCUUGGGUAGGAGUGUGCAUUCAGGACAGUUUAGCAACCUAGGGUGGGAGUUAAGGAUUUUGGGCCCGAUAUCUUGGUUCCAUUUUUGUAUUUCACAAAAUCCUUCUCCCUCCUCUUCCACAUGGUGGACUGAGGACCUAGGUGGUUCUAUACUUAUUCGCUUAAAACCAGCAACCCGUUCAAGGAAAUACCAAACACCUUGGUACGGAUU